AUGGGUGACUACUCGAAAGCACUCGAAUUUUAUGAAAAAUCACACCAAAUCUACAAAAAAGCUCUGCCUCCGAAUCAUCCAUCAUUAGCUGCUCCCUACAGCAACAUCGGUCACGUGUAUAAUGGCACGAGUGACUACUCGAAAGCAUUUGAAUUUUACGAAAACGCGCUUAAAAUAAGAGAAAAAGUUCUGCCUUCGAAUCAUUCCGAUUUGGCUGCUUUCUACAACAGCAUCAGUCAAGUGUAUACCAACAUAGGUGAAUACUCAAAAGCACUUAAAUUUUACGAAAAAUCACAUAAAAUCUUGGAAAAAGUUCUACCUCCGAAUCAUCCAGACUUGGCUACUUCCUAUCGCAACAUUGGUGGAGUGUAUUUCAACACGGGUGAUUACUCGAAAGCACUUGAAUUCGGAGAAAAGUCUCUUGCAAUCUUCCAAAAAUCAUUUCCACCAACACAUCCACAUAUACAAAAAUCGAUUGAAAAUAUUGAAUAUGUAAAAAAAAGAAUUAAAUAUUUAUUUCUAUUCUAUAUCGACGAUUGUAUUGAUACGUGGUCAACAAGAAUGACAAGUGCAAGCGAUUUUCAACGUUUACAUAACGCUCUUUCAACCAAUCUAACAAAGAUUAGUACUAAUGUUAUGGAUCUUGAAAAACUCGUCCAAAAAUUAGGUACACCAGAAGAUAGCGAACUGUUACGUGAACGCUAUCAUCGUCUUGAGAAUGAAACGAAAAUUUUAAUGCAACAGACACAUGAUGCACUUGAAAAACUUUAUAAUACACGUGUAACAGAAGUUGAUCAGAGACGUAAAAAAACGUUAACUGACAAUUUACCAAAACAAUAUUUAGCAAUAUUAAAUCGUUUUCAAAAAGCACAAAGUAUUGGUGCACAAAAAGAAAAAGAAAGUCUUGAUCGUGCACGAGCUAUUCCAUUUCGUCAACAUAAAAUAUUGGAUUCACCAUUUGCUGAUGACUUUGUUUCAACAUCAUAUGAUCAACUUCAAAAACAAGCUGUUUUACCUAUUGAACAAGAAAUUGAUAUGAGAGCAUUAAGAGAACGUGAAGAACAAUUACGUGAACUUGAGAGUUCUGCUCGAUGUAAAAAAAUCAUAUUAGUUACAGUUUUACUCAUUGUUAUUGCCAUUAUUGUACUUGUUUUGGUUUUAACAUUGAAAAAGUGA